CAACAGUAUAGUCCGACCUGCAUGAAGAGGACCUUCACCUGCAGGAAUCAAACUACACAGUGACAGUCAAACGAGUUGAUGGAAGAAUAUCUGGUAGAGAAAAAGGAAAGCACCAGCAGAAACAUGAGCUCCCUGACAGAGAAACAUAAAUACCAAAACCAAGCUGGACCUGUAGAUGAGGAGAGCUUCAGUCGAGGACAUGAGUAUCAGCAACAGUGUGUCCACACAGUAGAGAAACCACACCUCUGUGGUCAGUGCGGGAAGAGUUUCACAAGCUCAUCACAUUUGAAGAUUCAUCAGCGCAUCCACACUGGGGAGAGGCCGUAUGUUUGUGCGCAGUGUGGGAAGAGUUUCACUGUUCAACAGAAUCUCACACAACAUCUGCGUAUUCAUACUGGAGAAAGGCCGUAUGUUUGUGAGCAGUGUGGGAAGAGUUUCACUGUUCAACAGAAUCUCAGAAAACAUCAGCGCAUCCACACCGGAGAAAAGCCGUACGUUUGUGACCUCUGUGGGAAGAGUUUCUCUGUUCGAAGCAGUCUCACACAACAUCAGCGCAUUCAUACAGGAGAGAGACCAUAUGUGUGUGACCACUGUGGGAGGAGUUUCUCUGUUCGAGACGGUCUCAAAAAACAUCAGCACAUCCACACCGGAGAAAAGCCGUACGUUUGUGACCAGUGUGGGAAGAGAUUCACUGUUCGAAGCAGUCUCACACAACAUCAGCGCAUUCAUACAGGAGAGAGACCAUAUGUCUGUGACCACUGUGGGAAGAGUUUCCUACAAUCAUCGCAUUUGAGGAUUCAUCAGCACAUCCACACCGGAGAAAGGCCCUACAUCUGUGACCACUGUGGGAAGAGUUACACUGGUCAAAGCAGUCUCACAAAACACCAGCGCAUCCACAUUAGGGAAAAGCCACAUGUCUGUGACCAGAGUGGGAAGAGUUUUGCUCAUGCAUUGAGUUUAAGCCAACCUCAGCAUCUCCCUACUCUUUCGAUACUUGAACGAUUUGAAAAAAAGUGUCUGUUGGAUCAUAUUUAAUUUGUAAAACCAGUUUGAAUAAAAAUUUUUA